UCCAGGAGCCUGAGCUCUCAGAACCAAGUCAAGAAGACUGAGCAGGACACUGCACACUUCAACAAGAAAGCACACAUUUUAAAGCAAGCUUUGGGACAACAGCAGCAAUGAAGGUAACACUGGCAACUCUAACUCUGUGCCUGGUGGUGCUCAUGGCCACAGGUUUCCCCUUUGAGAGGAAAGGGGGUUCACCCUCUGGUGGUGCUGCCAAAGAGAAGCGUGUCCAAAGCGCAGUGUGGGACGAUGUUAAUGUCAUCGCCCAUGGCCUGCUGCAGCUGGGCCAGGGGCUGAAGGAGCACGUGGACAAAACCAAAGUCCAGAUGAGGGACGUGUCCACCAAGCUGAAAGUGUUCAACCGCACCGUGGCCGAGCUGGGGAAGGAGAGCCAGAGGCUGCGAGCCGAGGGGGAGGCCCUGAAGGCUCGGGCCCAGGGGCUGGAGGACAGGGAAGGGCAGCUGCUGAAUGUCACGGCCGAGCUGAGGGAGAAGGCAGAGGAGAUGCAGCAGGAGAGGAGGACAAUGAAUGAAAGAAUGAGCCGGCUGGAGGAGAGGGUUGACAGCAUGCUGCAGGGAGACACGGUGCUGGCUGAUGGGAACGCUGGAGCCAAGAACAGCAGUGAUGCUCGCAGCAUCCAGCUCAUGCUAGAGGCUCAGAACAGACGCAUCGAUGAUCUGAUGGAGCGCAUCAGACUCCAGCAGGAGAAGCUCGACAAGCAGAAUGUGCGCAUCAGAACCCUGCAAAGCCAGAUCCAGCAGUCAAGACAGAGACCCUCCCCACGGAGCAGCAGCACCACAGACGGCUCCGUACAAGGUGAAGACGCGGAGCAGCGCGACUCUCCAGUCGAGAUCGCAUCAGACUGCCAUGAACUGUUUCUAAGAGGAGAGACCACCAGCGGGGUCUACACCAUCCAGCCCAUAAACUCAGAGCCCUUCGAUGUCUUUUGUGAGAUGACAACCGAUGGUGGAUGGACGGUAUUCCAAAGGCGCCAAGAUGGUUCAGUGGACUUUGACCAGACAUGGCCGGCCUACGAGAAAGGAUUUGGAAGCCUGAAUGGAGAGUUCUGGCUGGGUCUGGAGAAGAUCCACGCCAUCGCUAAAGAUGGCGACUACAUGCUCAACAUCAAGCUCUCCGACUGGAGCAACGACUUGGCGACCGUCCGCCUUCCGUUCCGACUGGGUGGAGAGGAAACCAAGUACUCGCUCCUGAUUCAGGAAAACGGCACCUUCAGUCCUCUGGAGAGCUCGCUGGGCACCGACGCCACCUCCGGUCUGCCUUUCUCCACCCGAGACCAGGACAACGACCAGAAAACUGACAUCAACUGCGCCAAACACCUCUCUGGUGGUUGGUGGUUCAGCAACUGCGGUCGCUCCAACCUAAACGGGAGAUUCUUCCAGAGCCCUCCACCCAAGCAGCGGCACCAGAGGAAGCAAGGCAUCUUCUGGAAGACCUGGAGGGGUCGCUACUACCCUCUGAAGUCCAGCACAAUGAUGAUCGCCCCUGCUGUGAUCGUGAGCAAGUCAUAAAGUUUAGCAAGAGACAAAAAGUCGAAACAGACAGAAGCGAGGGGAAAGAAGAAGCAGAUUUUGGACUAUUCUUUCUUUUCUUGGUGCUUGGUUGAUGUGGUAGAGCUUUCUGUUUCCUUGGUCGUCUCCCUGUGUGAACGAUUUCAUACCAGAGCCAAGGCCCUUAAAACAGAAGCAAAAAGAGCUCACAUUAAAAGAGUUUCCACUGCUCUGUUCUUGAGCAGAUUCCUGCCUUGCAUCUGAAGCCACAGAUGGAAAAAAAAGAGCCAACCGUGCAGUGGAAUUUUUAUUUUUUUUUUACAUGUUGUAACAUUGAAGUUUCCUUCUGUUGUCGUGAAGCAAGGGCAGAUCGAGUCCCAGAGCAAGUCCCGACACGUCUACUGCUCUGUAAGACGUAAAGCAUUUCCAACAAGUCGAGACUCCUCACCAGACGCGAGGUGUCAUUUGUGUUGGUGUAGAGUCUGAACGUGGUUUUUGUAGGACAAUAAAAAGGACUGUCAGCUCAGAAGAUGCAUGUAGGUAGGAGAGAAACGCGGGCUGAUUAAAUAACCCAAUGGUACGGACCAAACGGUAACUUUAAUUAAAACAAACAGUCAUUCUCCACAUGACGAGAUUAACGUUCGAAAGCGUUAUGUAAAGUUACUUUGCUGUAAACCAGGAUUACGAUGCAGAAGCUGUGUUAACACUGAUACUAGACCAUUCCAGCCUUUUGUACAAUAUACUGUAUGUUCUGCCUGAAAAUCUGAAUCAAACUAAGAAUAUUCUUCACUGAUUUUCAUUUCCAAGUGGAGAUUUUGACGAUAUUGGGUCAUAUUGACUACUUUUAAGAUGAGAGGCAUUGUUUUGUACGUAGUAUUUGAAGGAAUGUCAUCUGUGUUUUUAGAUAUAUAACUGUUACUGAUCGUUUGUGAUCUUGUCUGUGUCCUUGUGACUUGAGAGUUUGUUAUUGUAGAUGUUCCUUUUUUCUUAUUUAAGUGCUGUAAAGAAUCAAUAUAUAUAUUUCUGCUGCUUUCUGGUUGUAAUUUAUAUUGUUUUUGUUUUUUAAGAGAAAAUAACCAUUUUUUGGCCAUAAUGAGCCAAUAAAACUGAUUUAAACUUAA